AGGCAGCAACGCAGAGCAGCCAGCAGAGAUAAGAGUCUGCAAGGCUAUAUUCAACAGCCUUUCCACUGCAGCUGAAUGUGUAGAGACUGUCAGAAUGCCUUUCUGAUAAUAGCUAGAACAAGUUCAUUUUAAUUUCUUUGACAUCCUCAAAUAAUGAAUUCCACGGUGCCUUGGGCACUGUCUCUAUGGUUUGGUUUGAUCUGAGGGGGAAAAAAAAUGUGAGAGGUUGGUACUAAAGAAGUGCCUUUCCUGACGUCUCUGCUGCUUGGAACCGCUUCUAGAGCAGUCACUGCUUUUGCCUUGCUUGCUGCCAGCUAGACUGCAACGACAGCACAUCUACUCUCCAGCUCUAGUCCAGCCGCCCCAACCUGUACCUCGAAUUGAGCAAACACAUCCUCAAUAUCCAGGCAUUGCCUUUUAACUGCUGCUUUACUGUACAAACAAAACUUUUUUUUUCUCUCUGAAAGAAAACAUAAGACGUUUUACUGCCAUUAAAUUGACAAGAAGGUCAGGUUUCGAUUGUUGCUGUACACUGCUGCACACUCUAUGCCAGUCUGAUCAAUAACGAUUGCACCGUAAAACCCAGUUGCCAAGUCAGCUGUGGGGAGAUUACCUUUCAGACAACUCUACUGGAAGCAGUUUGAAAAGCCAGUGUCAGCAAAGAGUCUGCCACAUUUUCAUGCUUAUGUUAGGCUCCAAUUUGGGCUCAAAGAUAGUUCAGGCCAGAUUGUUUGAUAUACGUGUAUUCACUGCUGAUAUUAUUGCUUUAAAAUUACUUUUUUAAGUAAUUCAUUUUUAGGUUUUACAGAGGACACCUCCGAAACAAAGAAAUAAUACAAAAGUAAAAUAAAAUAAGUAUUUUUAGGUAACAUUUUUAUUCAAUAAAACAUACCACAGAUUGCCUAGAGCUUUUUAUUUUAGAUUUUUCAAUUUCAACCACCUAUACAUUUCAAACAUGGCAGUCAAUAUCGCACAAAUGCGGGACACAAAAUGGCUCACCCUGGAAGUGUGCAGAGAGUUCCAAAGAGGGACUUGCUCGCGGCCAGACACGGAAUGUAAAUUUGCACAUCCUGCGAAAAGCUGCCAAGUUGAAAAUGGAAGAAUAAUCGCCUGCUUUGACUCUUUAAAAGGCCGCUGCUCACGCGAAAACUGCAAAUAUCUGCAUCCUCCUCAACACUUAAAAACACAGUUGGAGAUAAAUGGACGCAAUAACCUAAUUCAGCAGAAAAAUAUGGCUAUGCUGGCCCAGCAGAUGCAGCUUGCCAACGCCAUGAUGCCUAGUACUCAAUUACAACCUAUGAUAGACCGUUUGCUUAUUCACCCUGAAUCUUCAUACAAUUCGUCCCCCCGUUUCUUUCAACCAAUGUUCUCUGUCGCCCCAAGCCUAGCCACCAAUGCGGCAGCAGCUUUCAACCCCUACAUGGGGCCAGUGUCUCCAGGCUUGCUCCCAGCUGAAAUGAUGCCUACCGGUCCAAUGCUGGUAACAGGGAACCCUGCAGUCCCUGGCCCUGCAGCUGCAGCUGCUGCUGCUCAGAAACUAAUGAGGACAGACAGACUGGAGGUUUGCAGGGAGUACCAGCGUGGAAACUGCACAAGAGGUGAAACUGACUGCCGGUUCGCUCAUCCCUCGGACAGCACGAUGAUUGAUACCAAUGACAACACAGUCACUGUGUGCAUGGAUUACAUUAAAGGGAGAUGCUCCAGGGAAAAGUGUAAAUAUUUCCACCCUCCUGCACACCUGCAGGCCAAGAUAAAAGCCGCGCAACACCAGGUCAAUCAGGCUGCAGCUGCACAGGCAGCAGCCACCGCCAUGACUCAGUCGGCUGUCAAAUCACUGAAGCGACCCCUCGAGGCAACCUUUGACCUGGGAAUCCCUCCAGGUGUACUUCCCCCAUUACCAAAGAGACCCGCACUUGAAAAAACCAAUGGUGCCACCUCAGUCUUUAAUACUGGUGUUUUCCAAUACCAACAGGCCCUUGCCAACAUGCAGUUUCAGCAACAAGCCUUCAUCCCUUCAGGCUCAAUAUUGUGCAUGACACCUGCAUCAAGUGUUGUUUCCAUGAUGCACGGCGCCACACCCGCCUGUAUGUCUGCAGCAUCAUCGUCUGCCUCAAGUGUUCCCUUCGCUGCAGCAGCCUCAGCCAACCAGAUUCCCCAAGAAUACAUGCAUUUGAUACCCAUAAUGUCUGCAGACCAUCUGACUAGCCACAAGUAUGUUACUCAGAUGUAGGAGUCCCUUCACAGAACAAUCAUACUAAAGAUAAAAGUGUGCUGGUAUACAGUUCAAAUGUCAUCGGUCAUGUAAAAAUACAUCAGAGACCUCAUCCCCUCAGCAGGAGAAGUUGACAUAAUGCAUGCUAACACCACAAGACAGAGGGCAGAAGACCUGGACAUACAAAUACUGCACACCGAGACGUAUAUACUCUGUAUCUUUUACUAAUCUUAAAGCUGAGGGGGACUGUGUUACUGUCCACUAUGCAUCACUGUCUGCCUUUUCUACUAUCGUUGUAUGUAUACAUUUCAGUACAUAUGCAUAAAUAAUCCAUUACCGUAAAGGUCUAGUCCUCACUGAAAAGGUAGACUGUGAUGUAGUUAUCAUGUCUAACAUUGGUACGUCUGUAGACCAAGAAAUUAUUUUGUUUUUUUUAAUUCUGAUAUAUUUCUUUCAUGGUUUACAAAUAACAAAGGUGCACCUUGUAUUAAAAAAAAAAAAAAAAUGCCAUUAUAGAUGAGAGUCGAUUGUGCAUGCACAGUGUUCUGUGUGUAAGGGUUAUAUUUUUAACAGAACAGAUUGUAAGAGGAAGUAAAGGAGGUAUCUGACAGAGAUGAAUGUGCUGAGCAAAACCACAACUGUGUAUAUUAUAAAGCACAACAUGGCUUUAAGUACCAUGUUAUAGGAUACACAUUAAGUGCCAUAGACUGUACAUCCAAACUAGAGUAUUAUUCCUGCAGUGUUACUGUGUUUACCUUAUAAACGCCACUUUUUUUUUAUUUUUUUGCUACUGCUAGUGCUAACUAUGUAGAGGGCACCAUUAAGGUUUCAGUGUCAAAACAGUCUCAGAAAUGGUAUAUUUUCCUCAAUAUUUAGUUCAACACACCUACUUACAGCUGGCAUGACAUGAACAUUCAUACUAUAAUAUGAUGUAGUUUAUUAUACCGUAGUACUUAUAUAUUGCAUAACAUGCCGUGUUAUUUUUUUCUGAGUAGUAUAUCGAGCCAUUUCUGAGACAAUGAAAUGCAAAAGGGUUUAGCAGGUUUUUUUUAGCCUUUGUCAGAAGUCUUUAGACUAUAAAUGCUUUGCAGAGAAGGGUUUUGCUUUGAGCUGAAUGUUGCAUUACAGUCACAGUCGAUGAAAUGGUGACUCUAAACUAUGAUGAAAGAAGCACUGUCAAAAGAAGCAUGAUAAACCAAAAUCAUUUAGUACAUGGAGGUGUUUAAGUAGCUACAGGGUGGUGAAUUUUGUGUUUUUAUUAUUAUUAUUAUUAUUAUUAUUAUUAUUAUUAUUAUUAUUAUUAUUAUUAUUAUUAUUAUUAUUAUUGUUCUUGUACUUUUUUAAGAUUAACGGCAUAUAGCCUUAGAAAAAUGUUUUAUUAGUUGUGUGUGCUUUUUUUUUCAUCCAAAGGUUUUUUUUGUUUGUUUGUUUUGUUAACAUUUUGCAGCUUGUGAUGAUUAGUUGAGCCCUUUUCAGCAAAAGUAUAGAUGGCUGAAGUGGGGCCAGAUUCCUGAUAGUAUAGAAACGGAAUGGAAGAAGCGAGAAUUCUGUUCUAGAAUUUUCCGUACUUCCUAGCCUACUGAAAGUUUUUACAGGAGGAGUGAUGUGUUUAUUAGUACAAGAAUGAUGUGUUGAUUUUACUGAUUGUACUGUAAAUCUAUAAGCCUUAGAUUACAUUAUGGGUUUGAACCCAUCAAAAUGUAAUUUCAAUCAUGAGAAGAUUAUAUAGGUUAUAAACGCAACAUGUUAUUGUAUUUCUUACAUAUAGAAUUGUACUUUCUUUAUCAUGUUACAUUUAUAUAGUUUUUUUUCUUGUUUUAUUAGGUUGUUUUUUUAUUUUCUAUUUCUUUUAAAGAAAAUUAGUUUUUAGUUUGUAGAUUUUUGUUUCAUUACAUUUUACUGAUAACCUUUUAGAGUAUUAAUUAUAUUAAAAUGAGUUAUUUGUUUCCUUCAUACCAUACUCCUAGUUUUGAAUUUACAUGUAGUAUUAAUUAAUUAUGUGUAUUAUUGUAAAAUAAAAAUGUUUUUAUUUUACUGUUAGUGAAGUUUAAGAAUGUCAGUCAUUUUCUUGUCUUGUUUGCAUUCUUUGAACAAAGAACCUUUUAUAUGGAUAUCUUACAAUGAGGAAAUCAUUGCUAAGUAAGAAGUUAAGUUGUUGCUAUAGCAACAAUCCUGGCAGACAACUGAGUAAUAUUAUGAUGAUUUUAUUAUUAUUAUUAAUUUUUUUUUUUGGUUUGUAAGUAGUCAUUAUUAUAUAAAAAAUAAAUCUAGUUCCUAGAUGUUAGAAUAAAAUUUAUUUUUUACUGUAUCCAUUUCAAAUAGUAAAAUAUUGUUUAAAUAUGUUUUUUUUUUUUAAAUCCCUGGAUGUCAGGCCUUGUUUAAAAAAAAAAAAAAAAAAAAAAAUGCUGCAUAAUCAAUAGAUCAAGGGAUUUUUGUGAUUAAUUGAAAUAAACAAAGUUUACGUAGUAAGAUUGAAUCACUGAUCGUGCAAACUCUUGAAGGUUGAUUAUGCUACCAUUGAAAGUGUUGGAACCUACUGGAAGAGGGUUGACUUUUUGCACUUCUGUAUAUAGUCAAAAAAGAAAGAAACAUGUAUAAUAAUAAGAUCUUAUUUUGAAUAAUAAAAAAAUGUCUAUAAUUACAGGGAAUUUUGUUAGGUUAUUAAAAAAAUGACAGGCUGAACAAAAUUGCUUGCAAAAGUGGCACAGAGGUAGCGCUCCAAACCCCUUUAAGAAAAGGGAAAAUUGUUGCUUAGCUUUUUGUGAACAGCUUGUAGUUUGCCAGGAGUUUUUCAGCUGGAAAGAUAUGCCAUCCUCCCAAGAUCUUGUACCGGUCCAAACACUGCACCGGUCCAAAAGAACAGGUCCCAAAACAAAUGGGUUCAAGUCAUUGAUCGAUUUUUUUCCUUACUUUUGUCAAAAUAUUUUCAUGUUUAAGAAGAAGAAAAAAAAAACAGCAGCAUAUAUUCAAGAUAUAUUCAAUAAUUACAAUGUACUGAAUUUCAGUGGUAUAUCAAAAAAACAAAGAUUCACUUUCACACAUUCAAAGAGAUAGCAAAGAGAUAAUAAAACACACCAUAGCUGUAGUUGUCACAUGGAUUUGUUUGCUAUUGAAAACUCUGUACUUUUAGCAGAUGAAAAACAAAUUGAAUUCUCUAAAACCACCUAAGGUCUUGUAUACAAACGACGACUUCAUUUAUGUAAAAUUAGUGACAUCAGUCCACUAGUUUUAUUGGACAGUCUUAUUAUUUAACAAAGCUUCAUAGUAUUGCAGUCCCAUGCCUUCGUCUGCUGAAAGGACAGAUGCUUGGUUUUACUAUUAUGUAAUCACAGACUUACUUUUUGCUUGUAGUCGCUACAAAUAAUGUACUCUGUCCUCAACUGCUAUUUGUUUUAUGCUCAUUUUAUUAUUACUGCUAGAUAUUGAUUCUUGCUGUUAUGAAAAAAUAUAUAAAAAAAAUAAAGUGGAAUUGCUCUAAAA